AGCUGCCGCACGUCAUGAUUCUAUCCCAGAACAACCUGACAGACGGGAAAGAAGAUCAGCCUGAAGACACUUUCUCGCUGUUGUCGGUGCUUCUAGUUGGAUUUCUCUUCCUGAUCUUGAUAUUUUUAUCCGUGGCGGGGAACAUUUUAGUCUGUGUGGCAAUUUACACGGACCGCGGUUUACGGAGGAUAGGGAAUUUAUUCCUGGCCUCCCUCGCUAUCGCCGACCUGUUCGUCGGUUGCCUGGUUAUGACAUUUGCCGGGGUGAACGAUCUCCUCGGCUAUUGGGUAUUCGGGCCGCGAUUCUGCGACACUUGGAUCGCCUUCGACGUUAUGUGCAGCACUGCCUCUAUUUUGAAUCUUUGCGCGAUCUCUCUCGAUCGUUACAUACACAUAAAGGAUCCUCUCAGAUACGGUCGUUGGGUGACGAGAAGGGUCGCCGUUGCUGGGAUCGCUGUAGUGUGGUUGCUCGCAGGACUCAUAUCCUUCGUCCCCAUCAGCCUAGGCCUUCACCGUGCAAAUGAACCUGUUGUUCUUGACGAUAGCAAAGAAGAACAUCCUACAUGCGCCUUAGAUCUUACACCCACCUACGCGGUAGUUUCCUCUUCUAUAUCUUUUUACGUGCCCUGCAUCGUAAUGCUGGGAAUUUAUUGCCGGCUCUAUUGCUACGCACAGAAACACGUAAAAAGUAUCCGUGCAGUGACGAAGCUGCCGGACACAUCAAUGGCCAAGAGUUUCGUGCGAAAAGUACACGCAACACCGCCGAAGCCGCAAACGAAAACGAAGCCGACAAGUCCCUAUCACGUAUCCGAUCAUAAAGCCGCUAUAACAGUUGGUGUAAUUAUGGGCGUUUUCUUAAUAUGUUGGGUACCCUUUUUCUGCGUAAAUAUCGUCACCUCGUAUUGCAAGACCUGCAUAUCAGGCCGAGCGUUUCAAGUACUCACUUGGCUCGGCUACAGCAACUCGGCCUUCAAUCCGAUCAUCUACAGCAUCUUUAACACAGAAUUCCGAGAAGCGUUCAAGAGAAUUCUCACAAAGGGUGCACGCGCCCGUGGAAAUCAACCGUCGACUAGCGAGUGCGGAGAAUUUCGAUCCGUGGUCGUGCAAAAACGAAACGGGUCCAUGAUCGAAUGUAAUAUCAGCCCGAGAUCGAGCGCGGACAGUUGUCAAGUUGGUAUAAUGGCGCAAAGGCAUCGCGAUACUAUCGUGAGUGCGAUAUAAUUCGAUUCGAGUCUCCCCCCUCAGACUUAUAUCGAUCUUCCUAUCGAGUUAGGUAAUCGCGAUUAUCAUACGGUUAAUUACGGUCGGUAACUCCAUCACGGUUAUCGAUUCUAUAAUAUAUAUAUAUAUAUAUAUAUAUAUAUAUUAUAUAAUUAUAUAUAUAUAUAAAUCUAAAAUAUAUAUAUAUAAUAUAUAAUAUAUUGAUAAAUCAUUUUAUCAAUAUAUAUAAGAUCGUGAAUAAGAUCGUGAUGGAAAAAUAUAACCUCCUUCCUGUCGCCAGUUUUCUACUAGUGGCACUCAACAUUCUUGGUACGAGUUAUUCGAUCGAAUCCGAAGAAUGUUUACACGAACAUAUCCAUAGUAUAAUUUUUCAAGUCUGCUUACGAUAUAUAAUGGUUAUACGAUAUCGAUUGAACGAGAUUUACAUACGAACAUUUAAAAUUGCGACCGUCGUCAUAAUCAACUUCAACGACAAACUUAACCAUUUCAUCAUUCUUGGCAAUUGGUAAUUGUAAAGGUUAUAAAUUAUUUCUCGAGAUAUUAUGAAUUCGUUAUUGAACUUUUUUCCAUAGUAAAUAUUCCGUAUAUCUCUUCGUAUUGACUGCAACGAGCAAUCGUAACCAAAGUUGAACCGCAUAUUUUUUACAUAUAGAAUAUCUUGAAAUGUAAUAUAAAUUUUACCAUCGUUAUCAUCGAUACCAUCACCGUCCAAUAAUAUGCUCUUUUUCUCUCCUAUUCCCUUUCUUCGUCUCGAAUGACAAAAUUAUAUGUGAAUUCUUUUGCCGUUUUUUUUUUUUUUUUUUUUUUUAUCCACGGACGAUGAAAAGGGAAGAGAACUUGUCGAUAAUAAGUAACAGACGGUUGAGAAAAAUCAAUUUAUGAAAAGACAAUCAUCGGGAAGUAGUUCGAAACAUAUCCAUGAGACAUAAUCUUGUUCUUAAAACCAAAAAAAAAAAAAGAAUAAAGGUGAAUUUAUCUAACAGGAUCGAACAGGAGGAUAUCAAUUUAAAAAAUAAGAAGAAAAUAAGAUAGAUAAAUAAAAAUUCGUGCGUAGAGAAAUUCUACUAUAGAGUUUAGAUAACAUUUCUCAUAAAGCAAUUGUAAUUAUAAAAUCAUGUUAAUAGCGCAUCUACGAUAUAAAACUGGAUGUUACAUGAAGUAUUAAUAGUAACGUCUAUCGAAUCGUAGCUUAUAUUUAGUACUAGAAUCGCGGUGAAAUCCGUACAGAUUCAUUUUCCAUCUUGUAAAUAGUCAUUUAUUUAUUUUUCUAUUUGACGGGACACAAACAUACGCGAUCUCCACGUAUCUUUGCAUUGUAAGCGAUAUUUCGUUUAGGUGUUAACGUGUCGCAAAAGUUGUUAUGCAACCCGUCGAAUCUAACUCAAAUCUGCGCCACUUAUCUAAACGAAAGAAAUUCUCGCGAUAUGCAACCGAUAUUCAUUGAAUCUCUUCCAUCGUCUACAUCACCGAUUUGCUAAGUGUAGUACGUUCCGAUCAGGGAGAAACGAAUAGAAUAAAAACAUGGAAGAUUCCGUUUUUCCCGUCGGAAUGAUACGUGCACGAAAUCGAUGUAUACUAAUGAUAUGAUAUUUGAAUGACCGUUCUCUGUAAA